CGCUCUCCUCCAAUCAGAUAACACGAACAGUCACUAGUGCCGGUCGGGUCUUGUGAAAGCCUUUUCCUCAUAACAGCAACGUGUAUUUUCUACACACAAAGACCUCGUUUAGUUUGUGUACAAUGGGACGCCGCAAGUCCAAAAGAAAGCCCCCUCCUAAGAAGAAGAUGACGGGAGAUCUGGACUCUCAGUUCACCUGUCCCUUCUGCAACCACGAGAAAUCAUGUGAUGUUAAAAUGGAGAGGAGCAGAAAUACUGGGAUAAUAUCUUGCACAGUCUGCUUGGAGGAGUUCCAGACCCCCAUUACCUAUCUAUCAGAGCCAGUUGAUGUGUACAGUGAUUGGAUAGAUGCCUGUGAAGCAGCCAAUCAGUAGCCCUCAUGGAGCUGAUGCCCCUCAGGAACGGGAUGAGGAUGUGGCUGGUGGUCCUGGGCCCACUACAAUCAAGCUGGCCAGAGGACGUUUAUAAGACCUUUUUUAAUAUUCAUAGGUUUCCAUAUGGUCACUUGAGCUUUACAGCUGUGUGAACGGCAGUUUCACUUAUGAGGUCUUCAGCACAAAGCGUCUCUGAAGCGUUCCUGUUGUCUUAUGAUUUCUUGUUAUUCUGUGUAAGCCACAACUCUGAGAUGUAUUACCUAAUUUGUGAUAUUCUUCUGCUUUCUGUUUUCAACAUCUGUUUUCUUUUUUUAUUCUUUUGGAUGGUUCUCAAAUAUCCUUUAGAUGCAGUGAAACCUUUAAGUAGUAGUUGUUGUGUUCUGCUUUAACUGCUAUCUAUUGUUAGCUGUACAAAUAUAAUUUUAUACAAGAGGCAUGUAGUGUAAGAUAAGGGGCUCCAAUAUUGGCAUUUUUAAUGUGAAAUCAAUAGAAAGUUAAAUCUUUUUGGUUAGCAUAAUGAGAAACAGACAUGUGAAUAUAUGGAUUUUGACAGAAACGGGUUGAAAACAGAGAACAGUGGGUUUUCUACACACACGCUCUCUACAAUACACUUGACACCAGCAGCAGGACCUACAUUUCCAGGUAGGCUGCAUUAACAGACUUUACAGAGAAGGUAGGAGUGAACUUCUUGGUUGAAUGUUUCACUGUGAUGUUACGGGUUGUGUUCACAGUAAUAAUAUUUACCCACAGCUCUCCUCAUUAAGAAAGUUGUGUCACAAUGUUAGGUCAUUCCACUGGAGAGAGGAAUGAAGCUUAGCUGCUACGUUCAAAAGUUUUAAAGUUUUCAUUUAAGUUUAAAAUCAUUCUUUUUUUUCCUUCAGUUGAUUGUAUGUUUUUAGCUUACAUGUUCCAGAGAGAAAAGUUUUACAGUACAAAAUCAAAGUACAAAUUGUUUGUUAUGAAGUGCAUAUGUACAGAAUCUUGUAAUCACUUGUCUGGAAAUCAGGCAUUGCUAUUGGGUGCUGUUUUCCAAUGCAACAGCCAUCAGUGUUGGCUAUAAUAGUCUAAAACCAAACUGUUUUUUUUAAACAUGAAUUCGGUAAGUGUGAUCUUGGAAAUAAAGAAGCAAUAAGUGUU